UGCCUUUUAGAGCGAGUAUUUUAUCCUCGUAGCGCUUUAGGGGAGGAAACAGGGAAGGUGAAAGGAGGAGCAACGAUGCCCGCGGCAGUGGCUAGCAUUCCGGUAUGGCAGUUAGCAAGCAGUUCUUCAAAUGGGUCACGGGUAGCAGCAUGCCCAACAAGUGGCCUUCCGUCACCUUCGUGCUUCACAAGUCGGGCGACGAUGGGGACGUGCUCCUUGUGGGGUUGCAACGUCGCCAGGAAGAGCGUCCGGGAUGGAAGCCCAAUGCCCGAGGCUGCGUCCAUGCCGGCUGUGACGCCGCUCGCGGAUCUCUACGACUUUAUCUGCAAGGGGCCGCUGCUGGAGACGAUUGGAUUGGAUGCCGAGGACGUGAGGCGGGACAUGAACGAGUGGAUUGAGAUGGGACUGAGGCUGUCUCGGAUUCUGGGCUUCAGGGAAUUGAUGCUCAGCGAGUCGGAGAAGACGAGAGUUUAUCACUACUACCUGCCGGUGUAUAUGUGGUGCAAGAGGGAGCUGGAACGCCAUCGCGGCCGGUUUAACGACGGCGAUAAGCCGAUUCCUGCGUUAGUGAUUGGGAUCAGUGCACCUCAAGGUUGUGGGAAGACUACGCUUGUGGAUGCUCUUGAGUACAUGUUCAACUAUUCUGGAAGAACCGCUGCGUCAGUGUCAAUUGAUGACUUCUACCUUACGGCUGCCGAUCAGCAAAAACUUGCGAAAGAGAAUCAAGGCAACUUGCUUUUGGAGCUUCGCGGAAACGCUGGAAGCCACGACUUAGAUCUUGGGACUCAGACAAUAAAGUGCCUUCAAAAUCUUUCCGAAGGUCUGUCAGGAUUGUUUGUUGUGCUACAUAUGCUAACAUCUCGCUUUUGUUUUUCAGGAGAAGUGGCCAGUGUGCCACACUAUGACAAGUCUGCAUACAAUGGUCGAGGUGAUAGAUCAGAUCCAUCGACAUGGUCCAAAGUGACAGGACCAUUGCAGGUGAUUUUGUUCGAAGGAUGGAUGCUGGGCUUCAAGCCGUUGGGUAAAGCCGCAGUUAGCUCCGUGGAUCCUCAGCUGGAAGUAGUCGACAAGAAUUUGGUGGCCUAUCAAAAAGGCUGGUUCAAUCUUGUGGAUUCAUGGAUAAUUGUCAAAGUGGACGAUCCCGGUUGGGUGUAUGAGUGGCGUCUUGAGGCAGAGAUCGCUAUGAAAGCCAAAGGCAAACCUGGCAUGAGCGAUGAACAGGUUGCGGACUUCGUGGCGAGAUAUAUGCCCGCAUACAAGGCCUACCUCCAAACUUUGUACAGCGAGGGACCUGGCAACGCGAAACCAGACAACGUCCUCAAGUUUUCCAUCGACAAGAACAGGAACCCGGUUGGAUAAGUCAAUCGAUCAAUCCAACACGAGGUUGGUUUGUGAAUUCAAGAAUGCUUGUCCUUCGUUUUAUGCAGUGGAGAUGUGCAAUAUAAUCAAGGAUUUCA